ACAACGAAACAACUAGUUUUCACAAACAUCCAAGCAUCCAAAGCCGACUUCAUAACGAAACCUCCUGGUUCAGUGUCACCGUGCCCGAAACCUUACCCUCGCUUUAAAAAUGAGAACAAAGGGGACCAUCGUCAGUCCAAAAGAUCGAAAUCAAUCAGACCAACACUAUCUAACCCACCAACUCGAACAUCACCAUCCCCACUGUGUCAAGUUCCGCCAGAAAUCUUCCUUCAGAUCUGCAAGAACCUUUCUCCAGCCGACUUACUCUCCCUCACCAAAGUUUGCAAAAUGUUUUACAAUGACCUUUGUCGUGGUGACUCUCGAACGAUUCAACAAAUCUGGCGUGAAUCAAGGUUGACCUUUAUGCCAUAUCGUAAAUUACCUCCGCCUGACGGAAUGAACGAGAGACAAUACAUGGUUUUCUUGUUGGACAAGAUUUGUCAAUUUUGCGGAGAGAGAAAAAACUCAAAGAUCUUAUGGGAUUCUCAGGUCAGAGCAUGCAAGGAUUGCUUCUCGUCGCAGUAUAAAAAUUGUAACUAUAUGGCUGUAAACGGUGAGGUCCCUUGGAUAAUUCUCGAUUGUGUCCCAUCCGAAAGUUGGAAAACUUGGGACACCAUCGUUGAUGCGGCUGGACCGUUUCGUUGGGUCGAACAAGUCCUCAGAAAACAUGAUGAAUACAAAAAGGUACCUGAGGAAGAUCGUGAGUCUUGGGUUGAAGAGCAAAGGAAACGCGUUCGAAAAAUUAGCAAUGAAUAUAUCAAGCGAAUAGGUGAAGAUGUGGAUUCACGACAGCAUACUAAAAGCGUAAGGGCGAAAGAUAUCAAUGAAAAGAUUUCACUAAUGCUGAAUGAACGAGAUGAUGAAGGAAAUCUGAUGUACGAGAGGGAAAUACUUGAAGGCUGCGUAUCACUCAAAAAGGCUUAUCGAUGGACAACCACUUUCACCGAAAGGGCAUGGAAAAUCCUGAGGACAAAGUUGAUCAAAGAAUAUCAUGAUGGAUUGGAGAGAAGAGAGGAGAUCAAGGAAAUAUUUAAGUCAAUGGUUUCGAGUGUGGUAGAAACCGAGAAUUCUAAGACGAAGGAGGCUUUUGAAUCAGAGGCAGAGGACACGGAUUCUUGA